AUGUCCAAGGGCCCUGCGGUUGGCAUUGAUCUUGGCACCACCUACUCCUGUGUAGGGGUCUUCCAGCAUGGGAAAGUGGAGAUCAUUGCAAAUGAUCAAGGCAACCGGACCACGCCAAGCUAUGUCGCAUUUACCGAUACUGAACGACUGAUUGGUGAUGCUGCAAAGAAUCAAUUUGCAAUGAAUCCUACUAACACAGUAUUCGAUGCCAAACGUCUCAUUGGACGAAGAUUUGAUGAUGCUGUUGUGCAGUCUGAUAUGAAACACUGGCCCUUCAUGGUGGUGAAUGAUGCAGGCAGGCCCAAGGUCCAAGUAGAAUAUAAAGGAGAGACCAAAAGUUUCUAUCCAGAGGAGGUGUCUUCUAUGGUUCUCACAAAGAUGAAGGAAAUUGCAGAAGCCUACCUUGGGAAGACUGUUACCAAUGCUGUUGUCACUGUACCAGCCUACUUCAGUGACUCUCAGCGCCAGGCUACCAAAGAUGCUGGAACCGUUGCUGGCCUCAAUGUCCUCCGAAUCAUCAAUGAGCCAACUGCUGCUGCUAUUGCUUAUGGUCUGGACAAAAAGGUAGGUGCUGAAAGGAACGUGCUCAUCUUUGACUUAGGAGGUGGCACUUUUGAUGUGUCAAUCCUCACUAUUGAAGAUGGGAUAUUUGAGAUCAAGUCUACAGCUGGAGACACCCACUUGGGUGGAGAAGACUUUGACAACAGAAUGGUCAACCAUUUCAUUGCAGAGUUCAAGCACAAUCAUAAGAAAGACAUCAGUGAAAACAAGAGGGCUGUCAGACGCCUCCGCACUGCUUGUGAACAUGCAAAAUGCACACUUUCUUCCAGCACCCAGGCCAGUAUUGAGAUAGAUUCACUGUAUGAGGGAAUCGACUUCUAUACUUCCAUUACCCGAGCCCGCUUUGAAGAAUUGAAUGCUGAUCUUUUCCGUGGCACUCUGGACCCUGUGGAGAAAGCUCUGAGGGAUGCUAAGCUAGAUAAGUCACAGAUCCAUGAUACUGUCCUGGUGGGUGGUUCUACCAGAAUUCCCAAGAUUCAGAAGCUUCUUCAGGAUUUCUUCAAUGGAAAGGAGUUGAACAAGAGUAUCAACCCAGAUGAGGCUGUUGCUUAUGGUGCAGCUGUCCAGGCGGCCAUUCUCUCUGGAGACAAAUCUGAAAAUGUUCAAGAUUUGCUGCUCCUGGAUGUCACUCCACUUUCUCUUGGUAUUGGAACUGCUGGUGGAGUCAUGACUGUCCUCAUCAAGCAGAAUACAACCAUUCCUACCAAGCAGACGCAAACCUUCACAACCUACUCUGACAACCAGCCUGGUGUACUCAUUCAGUUUUAUGAAGGUGAGCAUGCCAUGACCAAAGAUAACAACCUGCUUGGCAAGUUUGAACUCACUGGGAUACCACCUGCACCUCGUGGUGUUCCUCAGAUUGAAGUCACAUUUGAUAUUGAUGCCAGUUGUAUCCUUAAUGUUUCUGCUGUUGACAAGAGCACUGGGAAAGAAAACAAGAUUACCAUCACCAAUGAUAAGGGCCACUUGAGUAUGGAAGACAUUGAACGAAUGGUCCAGGAGGCUGAGAAGUACAAAGCUGAAGAUGAGAAGCAAAGAGAUAAGGUGUCUUCUAAGAAUUCCCUUGAGUCUUAUGCAUUUAAUAUGAAAGCAACAGUUGAAGAUGAAAAGCUUCAAGGCAAGAUCAAUGAUGAGGACAAGCAGAAGAUCCUUGACAAGUGCAAUGAAAUUAUCAACUGGCUUGAUAAGAAUCAGACUGCAGAAAAGGAGCAAUUUGAGCAUCAGCAGAAGGAACUAGAGAAGGUCUGCAACCCCAUCAUCACCAAGCUGUACCAGAGUGCUGGAGGCAUGCCCGGAGGCAUGCCUGGUGGCUUCCCUGGUGGUGGAGCUCCUCCAUCUGGUGGUGCCUCUUCUGGACCCACCAUUGAAGAGGUUGACUAA